AUGUCUGCCGACGAUCCCAAAAAAAACCACACCAUCGUGGUGUCUCCACAGAUCAGCCACUUCAGCGAGUUUGACACUGGAGAACACGAUGUGUUUGUUGUCAAGGAAGAAGGCCCCGACUUUCGUGGCGUCACCUGUAUUGGUGCUGCUGUGUUGAUAGCCAAAUCCCAGUUUGGCCUCGGUGUACUUGGACUUCCCCAGACGUUUCUGACGUUGGGUUUCGUUCCUGGUUUGAUUUGUCUUGUGGCCUUGUGCGCCAUAAGUACAUGGACAGGAUACGUGGUUGGCAAAUUUCGGCUUCGGUACCCUCACAUCUACAGUAUAGGAGAUGCUGCCGAGAUGAUGUUUGGCACUGUGGGCAGAGAGUUCAUGGGCGGGGCGUUCUGGCUAUUCUAUGCUCUUUGCUACGGUGCUUCUGUGCUUACAUUCUCCAUUGCUCUUAACACGUUGAGUAAUCACGCUAUUUGUACUACGGGGUUUGUUGGAAUCGGGGCUGCGAUCAGUCUUAUUAUCGGCACCAGCGUGAGAACCAUGAAAGUCAUGUCGUGGUGUGGGUAUGUUGCUCUUGGCUCGAUUUUCUUAUCCACUUGGAUAGUGGUCAUCGCCUGCUUGUCACAGUCUACUCCAGCAGCCGCUUCCAAAGGUGUGCCUAUCGACAAGGGUAUUGUGGCGGUUUCAUCUGGGAAGCCUUUCUACGCUAUUGCCAGUGCCAUUGCAACUCAGCUUCUAGGGCUUUGUGGAACCGCUUCUUUCUUCACCAUCCACUCCGAAAUGAAGGACCAGACCCAAUAUAUCAAGUCUUUGUUUCUUGGACAGGGUUUUGUGGUUUUCAACUACAUGAUAGUUUCUUGCAUCAUAUACGGGAAAGUUGGUGACUACGUCACCUCUCCAGCGUUGGGAUCGGCUGGUCCGCUAUUCCAAAAAAUUUGUUACGGCAUUGCUUUGCCUGGGUUGAUCUUCUCCUGCUUCUUUCAAGCUCACUUGGCAGGAAAGUACGGUUUGGUUCGUAUAUUGAGAGGUACAGAAAACUUACAGACCAAUUCAUUCACCCACUGGUUGACUUGGAUCUCAAUGAUGGUGAUUGUAAUUGUUUUUGGUUUUGUGAUUGCCAGCGCAAUUCCAUUUUUCAACGACUUGUUGGCACUUAUAGGUGCCUUUAUAGGUACGAGCUUCACCCUUAUCGUUCCGGGCUUCCUCGCAUUGUAUUUAAUGAGCAGAUACAUGACAAAAAAGGGGGAUGGAACUUUGUCGUGGUUGAGGAAGUGCACAAGAAAGUGGUCGAGAAGUAGAUCCAGCGUCAUUACCACAGUGUUGGCUCUCUUCGCCAUAGUGUUUGGGUUUUUCAUUUUAGUGGCGGGUACAUAUGGUGCCGUGCAAUCGAUUAUCAAUGGUUACAAGAACGGUACCGUUUCCAAAGCUUUUGAUUGUGCAGACAACAGUUAG